GACGAAGAAGAAGAGGAGCCCGCUGUGUCCUUACCUUAACUUGGACGGUUGGAUAGCUGUUCGCCGUCGCUUUUGUCAAGGAAGAGACACACGUUUACGUGAAACAUGUGUAAAGUCACAAUGUUGAGGGAGUUGGUGAAGCUUAAGCUACACGUGGCCGUCGAAGAGAUCUUCGAACUGUUCGAGAAGACGAUUGCGGAGUACGAGGAGGAAUUCCGUCGAAGCGAAGAGGCGCGCAAGCGUCGGCGUUGUGAGGAACCAGACGCCGUUCUCAAACCUCGUGCUCGACUGCGAAAAGGUACGGUUGUCCCCACAUCCUCAGGUUCACACUGUGUCUGUCCUGUGUCAGAGGAUAGUGAGGAGGAGGAGGAGGUCCCCUCGGAGGAACGGGGAGAGCCACCAGCAAAAAAAACGAUGACCGAGGAGAAGAUGACGCUCAGGACAAGUCAACGCAAGACAACACAAGCGAAUGGGGAGCGCUGUGAAGAUCCCCACUCUCCACCAGACUACUUGGCUCCCAUCUCUGACACGGAAGGCAUGGCUUCAGACUCCGACAACAUUGAUGACGUUCGCCGUGCCAAACAGACGAAGAAGAAGUCGAAGUGUCGCGAAUGCGGCAAAAUGUUUGCCCGCAGGGAAGAUUUGGAUAGACACGCGAAAACACACACUGGAAAAAAACCUUUGAAUUCUGCAGCUGUCACUCAACCGUCCGAAGCCGUUCGAUCUUUUACCUGUUCAGUUUGCAAGAAGUGCUUCCGGAGUCAGGACAAUCUCAACUCUCACUUGAGAACACACACCAAGGAGAAAGCGGUCCCCUCCGGUAGCUCGAGUCAACAAGUGACACCAAGAGCCGGCGGACAACGCGGGAACGAUCUUCACCCUCAACAGGACCACUUGGCUCCGGUUUCAAAUACGGAUAACGUGACGCCAGCCUCUGAUCGCGAACGGGACGCCAAAGGACCUUCGGAGAGAAAGAAGUUGAAGUGUUCUCGCUGCGGCAAAACAUUUUCCCGCAAAAGAGAUUUGAAGAGACAUGCGAGAACACACACUGGAAAUCAACCUUUGAAUGGCGCCAAACCAGCCGACGGAGCCAAAUCUUUCACCUGCUCGGUUUGUACGAAAAGCUUCACCAGCAGAGACCUUCUCAUAUCACACAUACGACAAGCACACACCGAGGAGAAAACGGUUGCGUCCGCUAGCUCGGGUGAACACGUGGUGACAGAAGGUAAAAGCAACCACCUUCAGUCACAACCAGACAAGUUGUCACCGGUUACUAAACCAUCCGACGGAGUCGAAUCUUUCCCCCGCUCGGUUUGUACGAAAAGCUUCACGAGCGGAGACCUCCUCAUCCCACACAUGCGAGCGCACGAAGAAGAGAAACCGGUGGCCUCCGCUGGCUCUGGUCAACGCGUGGUGUCGAAAAGCAAAAAGCUUCGGUCACUACCAGACAAGUCGGCACCAGUCGCUAAACCAUCCGGCGCCGAUGAAUAUUUCGCCUGCUCGUUUUGUCCAAAAACUUUCAUGACUAGAGACUUCCUCAUGUCACACGAAAGAACGCACAACGAGGAGAAACCGGCGGCCUCCACGAGCUCUGGUCAACUCGCGGUGACAGAAAGGCAAAAGCUUCACUCCCAACCCGACAAGUUGAUGCCGGUCGCCAAACCGUCUGACGCUGUUCGAUCUUUGAGCUGCUCAAUUUGUAUGAAAAACUUCUCGAGCCGAGAUCUCCUCAUGUCACACGUACAAGCGCAGCACAACAAAGAGGAACCGGUGACCUCCAGUAUCUCUCCUCAACACGGGACGACAGAAAAUAAAAAUCUCCAUUCUCAGCCGGACAAGUUGGCAACAGUUACUAAACUGAGCGAGGUUGAGAAAUAUUUCACCUGCUCGUUUUGUCCAAAAAUCUUCACGACGAGAGACUUUCUCAAGUCGCACGAACGGACGCACACCGAGGAGAAAGCGGUAGCCUCCACCAGCUCAAGUCAACGCCGCGUGUCGGAAAGUAAAAAGCUUCAUUCGCUCCCAAACAAGUCGGCACCGGUCCCUAAACCGUCCGAGGCCGAUAAAUAUUUCAACUGCUCGGUUUGCUCGAAAAGCUUCACGACUCAAGACUUUCUCACGUCGCACUUACAAACGCACAAAGAGGAGAAAACUGGCUCCCGUCGAAGCCUUGCGUCAGGCGGUAAAAAGCCGCGCUCACAACCAGACAAGUUGCCACCGGCGGCGGACAAGGAUGACGUGACUUCAGACUCUUCUGACUCCGACAAUGGGGGCAAAGGAUCUUUGGACACGAACAAGAAGUGCUCAGAAAACGGGGAGAUGUUUGUCCGCAAGGCAUAUUUGGACGAUCACACGAAAACACAAACUGGAAAGAAAGCGCUCAAUCGCGCAGGUGUGACUAAACUCCUCCUGAGUGUCAAAUCUCUUAACUGCUCAGUUUGUCCGAAAACCUUUGUGAGUAAGGAAUUACUCGUUGCACACAUGCGAGUACACAAAGGGCCGACCUCCGCUCGUCCAAGCGGGUACGUGACGACGGAAGAGAAGGGAGAUCACGGUGAAGGCGUACAAUCCAGACCUGAGGGCCUCUUGGCUCCGCUGUCGGAUUCGGACUUGACGUCGGACUCGUCUGAAGAUGAUCCCCGUGACAACGGCGUUUCUGUGAUGACUACUCGGAACUCUUGACGGCGAAGAACGCGGCAACAAACAGUCUACCGAGAGACCGAAACCUUUUUUUAUUGUUCAGUUGUCAAAAAUGAUUUGACCAUACGAGCCAUUUGAGCCAACAUUUGGUUGUGCACACUGUCGAGAAACCUUUUGCUUGCUAAUUUUGUUUUGAAAAGUUCCAUUUUCCUGAGACUAUGAUGAUGCAUGUUCAAUUCCUGUCGUGCCAAGGGGUCUGAACUUUGGGUUAUGAAGCAUUUCAAAAAUUUUACCUGAGGAGUUUUAUAUUUAGUCUGUAUUUCGACUCAUUCAUUGCCAGUGACGUGCAUAGACGUCAAAAGAUAUAUAUAUAUAUAUAUAUAUGUGUGUGUAUGUAUUUUUAACUGGGCUGGUCGUGAAGGAGUUGGUGGCCAUAAUAGGGAGGAGCACUAUAGCAAAUGGACAGAUACUGUGGUGUCGCGCCAAAUUCUGCUACCCCUCCCAUACCAUUCAUUGAUUGGCUCUGCCAAAUAAGACAUUACAAUUGUAGCUCCAUGACUUUCAAGGCUGCCUGAAAUUGUUCCUGGCCCGUUCCCGGAACAACUCUUAUCUGGACUUUCCCCGGAUGAAAAACUUGACUUCACGUCCACGUGCGGCUGGCCUUGCGUUUUUAGAAUAACGCCACCGAUGUGUUUUGCCCACCACAAAUUCCAUCCCAAUUCUCGGUAUUGCGUGGAUUCUAGUUAGACAUGUCAUUCUCUCGGUUGUGCUUCCUCCUUUUUGCGCUGUAUGACUGACCGUGUUUGUGUUCCACUGUUUUCAUAAACCUCAAUUAUUUGUUAGCUGUAGUUUAGUCAAUAAAUUCUUCCUUUC